UAUUGGCGAAGAACCGAAUCCCGGAAACUCCGACAAUGGUUGAUGGGAUGUGUUGCUGCCCCCUCCGCGGCUCCGGUAGUCAUCCCCGAGGUGCAGUCCACCCAUUGUGAAUCGCUCAGAAUGAAUUUAGAAGACGUCCCCGAACGACGAUGUCAGGAAUAUUAAGGGGUCUCCUUUUCCAUCUUCCUGAUAAUCUGGACACCUAUUCCGAAUCACAUACUGAAGUCAUACAUAAAGGCAUGUUAUUGUAAGGAGGCAACAUACUAGAGUCCAGGAUGCACUCUUCAAACCACCGGCUGCGAGAUAUGGAGCAGCACCACCCAUUGCUGUCAGCGGGUAGUGACGUCGAGUCAGGCAGCCUGGCAGCCGGAGUGAUUGUUGGCGGCACCCACGCCGACCACACAGCCGGGAACCGCACGCUGUGGUUCAUCCAGGACAGCUGCGGCAUGGUGUGCGCCAGCAUGACCUGGUUCCUGGUGCUCUAUGCUGAAUUUGUUGUCAACUUUGUCAUGCUGCUACCUGCCAAGAACUUCUGGUAUUCUUUGCUAAACGGUGCCACCUUCAAUGCCCUCGCCGUGCUCGCUCUGGCUUCACAUCUGCGCACCAUGUUGUCGGAUCCGGGUGCAGUUCCAAAAGGCAAUGCGACCAAGGAGUACAUGGAGAGCUUGCAGCUAAAACCUGGUGAGGUAAUCUACAAGUGCCCAAAGUGCUGCAGCAUCAAGCCUGAGAGAGCGCACCACUGCAGUAUUUGUAAAAGAUGCAUCCGGAAGAUGGAUCAUCACUGUCCCUGGGUCAAUAACUGUGUAGGAGAAAAGAAUCAGAGAUUCUUUGUCCUUUUCACUAUGUACAUUGCGUUGAUUUCCGCUCAUGCACUUGGCCUCAGUGGUAUGCACUUUUUCACGUGUAUUAAAGUGCAGUGGAAUGAGUGCAGCGAAUUCUCCCCCGGGGUUUCUGUGCUUCUACUGAUAUUCCUCUGUCUCGAAGCCAUCCUCUUCCUCACUUUCACUGCGGUCAUGUUCGGUACGCAGAUCCACUCCAUCUGCAACGACGAGACGGAGAUUGAACGUCUUAAAAACGAGAAGCCCACCUGGGAGCGUCGCACCAGAUGGGACGGCAUGAAAGCCGUGUUUGGCGGUCCGCCUUCCCUGCUGUGGUGCAACCCGUUCACGGGGCUGCAUCUGCGUCGCUUGAAGCGCUUGACACAAGCUCGCCGCCCUGGGUCCGAGUUUUCCGUCUGAGGGAAAUGUGCUACUGUAAUGAGACUCUAAAGAAGGCGAUGGGAUGGACAUGAGCUCACCUGGGGAUGGCUUUCCUGUGUGGGUCACAAGGUGCUCCAGCGGGACUGCAGGACUUCAGCCACCUCCACUGCCUGGCCAUACUCACCAAUUUAUUGCUGGAAGAUUUUUGGUUUGUGUGGUGACGCAUGCAGUCAAUAACUCUUAGUGAGUCUUUUACUCCUUUUUGAGGCCAUCAACCCCUGCUCUUGUCGCACACAGCUUCCCUUUUUUUUGUUUGUUUUUUUGGGCGAUGCUGAUGAGAUUCAAAGUAAAUAUUGGACAUUGGAGGCGAGCAGCGUCAUUGCAGAUUUUAAUGGAGGAGCCACACAAAGGAUACGCACUAAUACGACACUUGAGUGAGUCCAGCACACCAGACGCACAACAAGUGGAAGUGUACUGCUUUGAUUUGCAUGUGUGCAAUCAGCCUCAGCCUCUCCAGACAAAAGGAGGACCAGAUUGUCAGUAACAAGCCUCUUUCUUCUUCCACAGGGAUGAAUGGCUUUUUGCCAUGUUUAAUGUUCAGCGUCAUUAUUUAUCUCUGGGUUGUUACUUGGGCCAGACCAUAAACAAUGUGUUUUUUGAUGAAUAUCUAUCAUUGUAUACCUGACUCACCGGAGACAAUUUUUGGAGGGGGAGUCAAGUUUCAUCUUCCCUGAACCGAGUUUGACUAUAUAUGCUGCUCUAUUGCCUGACAAUGGCUCAAGAGGACCAGCAUCCCCCAGCUGCUGUCCAAGUGGCUCCCUCUUCUGGAAACCAGAAAGGUCGUGUGUGUGCAGAAGAGCUGACAGCAUUUCAGAAAGCUUUGCAAGCUCCCUGCGACAGCAAACUUUUGGAAUGCGGUGGCUUUGCAUCGUGUUCGUCUAUCAUGUGCUGUCAUGUCGUGGAGGACGACCCACACAGAGUCGUUGGCAAGAGCCACACUGUUGAACUGCAACACUGCGUAUGCUUCGCACGUUCAACGUACUCGAAUCUCCCAUUUGUCCCAAAGUAUCAAGCCUGGAAACAAGCAAACAUUUUCCACUGAUUUUUAGAACACUUAAUGCCUUUCAACAUCAUCCUGUCAAGUGAAUUCCUACUCAUGAAUGAUCCUUUCCCCUCAUUUUAUUUGUCCCUCCAUGAACUAGUAGGACUUUUUUUUCUGGAUAAGUAAGGCUUGAGUUAAGAUUUUAAAGGCACUCAUUAAAGUAUUGUCAUAACCAGAAGUUACUUUCUCUCCAUGUGCUGGACUUGUUCUCCACUGUGGUUGGCAGGGGAAGGAGUCUUACUUCCUCAUUGUUUACACUAUAAAUGGUUUGCUAUAUAGAUGCUGUGCGACGAAUGUAAAACACUGGCACACAGAACAAACUACUAUCAGGGGAGUUUUAUUCGCGCAGACCUCAUUUCUCUUAUUGUGUGAGCAACCAUUUUGUUCUGAUAUGAUGCAGUCAGAGUUUUUCUGUCAAUGUUUUGCAAUUAUUCAGGACAUCUCUCAAAAGUAUCAGGCACAAUGUGGUGUAACUUAAAUGGGAAUGAAGGCCAGCUAAGCAUUAGUCAAGUCUAUGUAUCCACUAUAUCCACUUUUUGGCUGCAACAUGAAUGACAUUAAAUUAAACAGUGGAGGGCCCACAAGAGCAUAUGAUUGACCUACAAUGCAAUUCUGACAACAAAUACAACCUCAAAGGAACUGUUAUAAAACUCCCAAAACAUUCAGCUCAUUGAUACUCAUAAUCCCGCUCAGGAAAAAGUUUCUGCCCAAUUAGAACAGCUUGAUUUAAAAUAAAUAAAUAAAAUCUCAAAAUUUCUGAUGAAACAGUUUAAACACAAGUGAAUGUCAGAACAUCAGCAUGUUUAUUUUAUACUGAGCUUGUCAAAUAGUAGAUGGUUUUGGCUGAGAAUAAGCAAAUGGCUGUAUCGAGUAGGACGGUGCUGUGUGAUGACUACGCUGAUGAUGAAAACACAUUGUGACCUUAAAAUAAUGGCCGUAGUAAUAUUUUGAUGAGUGUGUAUGUGUGUGCGUGGAUAUAUAUAUAUAUAUAUAUAUAUAUAUAUAUAUAUAUAUAUAUAUAUAUAUAUAUAUAUAUAUAAUAUUUCCACGUGAUAUGGCACAAAUGGAUGGGUAUUUCGAAAUGUAUAUAAUGUUUUUGUGUUUUGGGGGGGGGGGGGGGGGUCAGGCCAUUAUUAUAGGAAGAUGACUACUAGGAUUCCUUUACCAGGUUAGCAGAAUCCACAAGGGGUGAUUAUUAUUAUUGGUGAUUGUAUUUAUAGUCCAUGUACCAUUACAUUACAGUGGCGUAAUUGGAUUUUGUCACUUAGACACGAUGCCGAACAAAGUUUAUUCCCCGUUCAUUUGAGAGAAUCUUCCCUCAAGAACAAGUCCUGUUUAUGAUCGUAUAAAGUUUUCCAUCAUCAUGUUAUAAAUGGAUUGUUUUGAUUAUUUAAAAUUAAAUAUAUGUGUCAAUCUU